UGUCACAAGAAACGGCGAAAAGCGCGGGCGGAGAAGAUGGUGGACGAGCACCAUGCGAAGCGGACCUGCCGACAUCCCAGCUCGCUUCGCUUACCGAGCGUCGUGCUGCACGCUAUUCUGGAAGCGCUUGCGGAUGGCAAGGACGUCACGGCCUUGCUCGGUGCGCUGCCGAUAUUGACGCUGCCACCGGAGCUCGUUGGGCUCCGCGACCUUGGUGCAGUCGUCGACCUCGCCGAGCACUGGCCAAUCGUGCAUGUCACCAAAAUCCCAACUGUGCACGCUUGCCUCGCCGUUGCAGCGCUGCCAGCGUUUCAAGGCGUCUUCAUUGCCGCUGGUUUUGCAGCGCUCGCGUGGCUCGACGCGACCUUGCCGCCCAAAAUGCCCGUGACGCUCGUCAUGGACCUCGCGGUGCCAGGUCUUCUCGGUGCUUUUGCGCAUGCAUGGGGCAAUCGCAUUUCCCAUGUCAUCAUCCAGAGCCAGAAAGUGUUAUCGGACCCGAUCCCGGACAUGCUGGCGCGCUGCGUCAACGUCGAAUCGGUCACGAUUGAGCGCGCCGCGACACCCGACGCCGCGGCCGCGUACUUGGCGGCGAUGCCUACGCAUCGCUUGCGGACACUGCGAGUGCGUACGAACGCUGUCGGCGCGCUCGAUGCGUCGGCCAUUGUCGCGUGGCUGGAAGGACCGAGCGCGUCCUGCCUCGUGCUCGACUGCGGCACGGUGCGCGACCCGACAUCGCUCGUCCGCGCGAUCCAGACCUCGUCCACACUCUCUUCUUUGAGUCUCGUGGAUGCCCCGGACGUUCGAGCUGCGUUAGCAACGUCGCCACACGAGUUGCACCACAUCACAUCACUCUCGCUGAACCAAGAUGGCACGCAGCAUGCGACCGACAUCCUCGGCAAAUUGGAUUGGCCGUCGCUUCGCACGCUGAGCGUCCGCAACACGCGGCAAAUUGUCCUUCCGCUCUACGACGUUACGAUCGCUCUCAGCGCGUGCUCGUCGCUCGAAUCCGUGUGCCUCUAUCACUGGCUUUUGCCUGCCGCCACAUUCACUGCUGUCUGCCCGCAGCUCACGACGGCCUCGCUGCGCCGACUGAAUUGCAAGACGGAGCUAGUCGCGACCCUUAUGCGCUGGCUCUCGACGUCGCGCCAACUCCAGCUUGUCGACGUGAGCGGUACUUUGCUCGGGAAGGAAGGGUUCUUGACGAUGGCACGCGCGCUGCCCGCGUGGAUGGCGCGUGGCCUCCAGACACUUCAGCUGAGCAGGACGGGGCUCAACGACAAGGAUGCAGUUGUAUUGGCCGUUGCCCUAGCGUCGGGCAAGAACCGGCGACCGCUGACGAUCGACUUGUCGGCCAACAACAUGACAAUGGCGUCGGCCCCCGGGUUGCUCACAGCGCUGGGGGCUUGCCGCAAUGUGACACUACGUUUUGGCAGUAAUUUCGCGCUGCGUGCUAUUUGGCCGGAUCAGUGUCUCGGCGACGAUGAGACCAUCCAAGAUCUUAUCCGAACGCACCAGCUCCAGUACGUUGAAUCGGAACAUACGUUCUCGUCGCCGUCCCGCGUAUCGUCGCCAUGGCAACUCGUCUAAGGCUUUUACAUUUUGAGAUAUUACGUAGUAUGAAUGUGUGAGUCGUCCCUAAUCUGCGCGUCCAACGUGAAACGUUUUUGUGCGAGCA